CGGAAGAGCCUCUCGGCUCUAGGCUCGGGGAGUCCCGGGACCGCUGAGGAGCCACCGGGGUACAGGGAAAGGCCGCCGGGCCUGGCCGGCCGCACUCGAGGUGCCGGGGCCGCGGGUCUGAGGGAUGAGGAGGGGCCAUGGCCAGCGACGGGGCCAGGAAGCAGUUUUGGAAGCGCAGCAGCAGCAAAGUCCCGGGCAGCAUCCAGCAUGUGUAUGGCGCCCAGCACCCCCCCUUCGACCCGCUGUUACACGGCACCUUACUCAAGGCCGCGCCCAAGGCGCCCGCCACACCCGUGAAGGCCAAGAGAGUCAGCACCUUCCAGGAGUUCGAGAGCAACACCAGCGACGCCUGGGACGCGGGCGAGGACGAUGACGGGCUCCUGGCCAUGGCAGCCGAGAGCCUGAACACCGACGUGGUCAUGGAGACGGCCCACCGCGUCCUGCGCAACCACAGCCAGCGGCAGGAGCGCCGCAAGCCGCAGGACGCGCCGGGCCCCGAGCAGGAGCCAAAGCCUUCGGCAGAGCCUCCUUCGGUCCCGAGCGGUGACCUCCGGCUGGUGAAGUCCGUCAGCGAGGGCCGCACGUCCUGUCCUGCAGAAAGCGCCAGCGACGCUGUCCCUCUGCAGCGGUCCCAGUCUCUCCCGCACUCGGUGACGGUCGCCGUGGGUGGCACGUCUGACCCCAGCGCCCUCAGCAGCUCAGCGUUAAGUGAACGAGAGGCCUCCCGGCUCGACAAGUUCAAGCAGCUCCUUGCCGGCCCGAACACAGACCUUGAGGAAUUACGGAAGUUGAGCUGGUCCGGAAUCCCUAAGCCGGUUCGUCCAAUGACCUGGAAGCUGCUCUCAGGUUACCUUCCUGCCAAUGUGGACCGAAGACCAGCCACUCUCCAGAGAAAACAGAAAGAGUAUUUUGCUUUUAUUGAGCACUAUUACGACUCUCGGAAUGAUGAUGUUCACCAGGACACCUACAGGCAGAUCCACAUAGACAUCCCUCGAAUGAGUCCAGAAGCAUUAAUACUUCAACCCAAAGUGACAGAGAUUUUUGAAAGGAUAUUGUUUAUAUGGGCGAUACGUCACCCUGCCAGUGGAUAUGUUCAGGGGAUUAAUGACCUUGUCACUCCUUUCUUUGUAGUCUUCAUGUGCGAACACAUAGAGGAGGAGGAUGUGGACGCUGCCGACGUCUCCCGCGUGCCCGCAGACGUGCUGCGUAACGUCGAGGCCGACACGUACUGGUGCAUGAGCAAGCUGCUGGAUGGUAUUCAGGACAACUAUACCUUUGCCCAGCCUGGGAUUCAAAUGAAGGUGAAGAUGUUGGAAGAGCUCGUGAGCCGGAUUGACGAGCAAGUCCACCGGCACCUGGACCAGCACGAGGUGAGGUACCUGCAGUUCGCCUUCCGCUGGAUGAACAACCUGCUGAUGCGGGAAGUGCCCCUGCACUGCACCAUCCGCCUGUGGGACACGUACCAGGUGAGCUGUCUCCACAGCCCCCGUGGCCUCCUGCCGCGCCCGGCCUGGGCCCGCUGA